AUGGAGCCCGUGGUGGGCUUGAUGGCUGAGGGCCCUAAGGCCGUCACCCAAGUUAAACAAGGGGCCGGUAAGGGCCUAAUGCAUGCUCCACCGGUCAGCGGGGAGAAGCCCCCUCCCCUUCUCCGUGAGGACUCGAAGUUCGCUUUGGAGAAGCUUACGUCCAUACUUUCUGCAGAGGAUUAUGAGGAUCUUGGGAAUCAUUCGACGGAGGUGAUGGGGGAGACGGGGUUAUUUGCCGUCGGACAGUCCUUGGUUAUGAUGAAGGGCUUGAUGGACCGCUGCCUCAACCGUGAAGCGGCUCUGGAACGGGUACGGUCAAAACUUGGGCAGACGGAAGAGGAGCUUGGCCAGCUGCACAAGUGGAAGGCCACGAUGGAGCAGAAGUUUGCACUCUCUGAGAAGACGAGAGAAGAGCUUGAACAGAGGACGGAGGAGGCUGGGAAGGCCUUGAAGGUUAGAGCAGACGAGGUGAAGGAUCUGAAGAAAAAACUCCGUCAUGCAAGGGAUGACGCCGUCAGCGAAUAUCGCAACUCCGAGUCUUUGUUGAAGGAGCUGGCAGGAUCGUUCCUUCAAGGCUUCGACGAUUCGCUCCGUCAGGUGAAGAAGGCCUACCCAGAUCUGGACUUGUCCAUGAUAACACUAACUGAUCAAGGUCAGACGUCUGCUCUACCCGUCGCCUCCGAAAAUACGGAGGAUCUCUUUGGAGAAGAGGCAGCUCAGGGUGACGGAGAGUCCGCUAUGCCGAAUGAGGUCGCUGUUGUCGACCCCAAUAAAGCAGAGUAACCCAUAUAAUUGUUGAUGAGGAUCCGUCUCCCUUUUUAUGUAUUGUUAAUAACUUGUAGACGGUUUGGUUGAAGUUUCAUUUGUACUGAACAAUGCUUUUCAUUCA